GGCGCUGGUGAGUAGUUGUUUUGCUGAGCAAGUUUCGUGCCUUUCAGUUUUCAAGCAUUUUCUGUGGAAAACACACAGAAUUUAACUUGUUUUUCAACGCAAAAAUGAAGAAAUCCGCACAAUUGACCAAUAAACAGCUGGAAAAGUCCAUUUCUGUGAAGCAAAGCAAGGUGAAAUUGAAGAAUGUUCUUGCCAGUCCGUAUACGAAAUAUUGGCCACUGCUACCGAGUUCUUCACUGCCAACGCUCAAGAAUAUCCUGAAAAGUGUUCUAGCUCAAAGACAGUCUGAAGCUCAUUCCGAAGGAAAGAAACGAACGACAGUCAAUAGAAACUUCCUGCUUCACGGAUUGUGUUCGGUCCAGCGGAAUUUGAGGGCCGGCAAAGUGGACUCUCUGAUCCUCUCAACCAGCAUUGAACCGCGCUUUGUGCUGAACCAGAUAAUCCAGCAUGCUUUCGCGCAGAAGAAGAACUUGAAAGUGCUUUGCGUGGACAAACUGGAAGAUCUGCUGAAAGAUGCUGGGAUUCCAUCAGUUUCUCUCGCCCUGAUCAAUCAGCACGAGAAGAAUGACUUCAAUCCACUGCACAGUUUUAUUAGUCAGGAAUCUGAGCGAUUUCCCGUGCCAGAAGACUACAUUUGUGAGUCACGGACGAAAAACGAUGGGAAAACAGAGAGAAAGAAGGCGAAAUCUCUUCUCUCGUUAGAUUUCCAGGCAAAUUCUCUCUAUCUUCGCAAGCACAAGUACACGAAAGAUCGUGUUUUCAUCCCAGAAGUUUCAAACAUUGAGGAAUCCUGCAAAAUGAUCGAAGGAACGCCCGAAGAUAGUCACUCGUCGUCGUCGGAAGAAGAGUUCCGGAAGCCAAAGCAAGUCGCCAAGAGUUUGACGAAUCUCUCGAUAUCAUCCAAAGCCAUCCGAAAGGUGAAGACAAAGCGACCGAAGAAGAAGUCUGCAGCUUAUCUGCCGCUGGUCAUCAACAGAAUCCUGCCAAAUCCCAGCAAGCAGAGGAGCAAGAAGCUGAAGAAGAAGAAGGCCAAAUAAAGGUCACAGAGUUUACUGAAAUUCCUCCUCAAAGCGCCCAAAUGCGCACGUAAUCGACUUGCAGCGAGGCUUCGCGCGAGAAGUCCGUC